AUGAAUUCUCACCGCACCCUUACCGGCAUGUCGCCCGAGCAACUCUCAGCCUCGGGCUCCGAGAAGCUGAGCUUGCCUUCGCUUCAGUCGAAGAUGAAGUGCGACCCGGAGGGGUACGAGUCGGAGCUUCACCUGAUCUAUAAUCAAUUCAAGUCGUCGCUGGAGCUCUUCAAGCAACAAGCGGAUCUUGGGUUCAAGUCGGUUAGCGGCAUUAGGAAUGACCCGGCCGUGGCGAAGGACCUUGGCGAUCGGGCCAUGUUCUUGGCUCACGUCACCCCUUUUUACCCGACCCAUCUGGCCCAUUUCCCCGCUCAGCUCGCCGAAUUUCUCCGCUCCUCCGCCCGAACACUUCCGUCGGGGCUCUGCUUGCACGUCACCCAAGCUCUCAUUCUUCUCAUGAAUCGAAAGAUGGUGGAUAUGGGAGACAAUCUAGCUUUGUUCAUGGAGCUACAGACUUUUGGCAAUAAGGCAUUGAGAAACCUGGCAUAUUCUCAUGUGGUUCAUAGCAUUAAGAGAAUGAAUCAGAAACAUAAGAAUGAAGUGAAGAAUCGGGCACUUCAGAAUGUCUUGUUUGAGAUGCUUCGGAAGGAUGAAACAAAAGCGAAGAGGGCGCUUAUCACGCUACGAGAGCUUCACCAGAGAAAGUUGUGGUUCGAUGAAAGAACAGCCAAUGCAAUUUGUACUGCAUGCUUUCAUCCAUCGUCAAGGAUAAUGAUUGCUUGCCUCUCAUUUCUGCUGGAUUACGAGAAGUUUGAAGAUGAUGAUAGUGAUGCAUCAAGUAGCGAAGAUGAAGCUCCUCACACACCUCAAAUAGUCCUUAGUAGAGAGUCUAUUUAUAAGGCACACCAUCAAGGUACAAUUGCUAGCAAGAAGAAAAAGAAAGCAAAACUACAGCGUGCCAUGCGCAGUAUGAAAAAACAGCAACGCCUGUCAUCAGAAAAAAGUAAUUCAAAUUAUCAUACGCCACUUAAUCAUUUGAAAGAUCCACAGGGAUUUGCUGAGAAGCUAUUCUCCCGCCUUCAAACCUGCAAUGAACGAUUUGAGGUCAAGAUGAUGAUGUUGAAAGUAAUUGCUCGCACGAUUGGGCUUCACCGCUUGAUUUUGCUGAAUUUUUAUCCUUUCCUUCAGAAAUAUAUUCAGCCUCACCAACGCGAUGUCACAAGUUUACUUGCUGCAGCAGUUCAGGCCUGCCAUGAUAUGGUUCCUCCUGAUGCAAUUCAACCACUUUUCAAACAACUAGUGAAUCAAUUUGUACAUGAUCGCUCACGUCCAGAGGCCAUAGCUGUUGGACUGAAUGUAACGAGGGAACUAUGUUUACGAAUUCCUUUGUUGAUGACCGAAGAUUUGCUGCAAGAUCUUGCAUUAUAUAAGAAAUCACAUGAGAAAGCAGUUUCAAUAGCAGCCCGUUCACUUAUUGGUUUAUUCAGAGAGAUUUGCCCCUCACUGCUGAUAAAGAAGGAUCGUGGGCGCCCUACUAACCCAAAGGCAAGACCAAAAGCGUAUGGAGAAGUCAACGUACUCAGCAAUGUUCCUGGUGUUGAACUGCUAGAAGAGGAUGAUGGCAAUGAGGAUGGUGAUGAUGCUGAUGAAGCUUCAUUAAGCGGCACUGAUGAUGAUCUUGAUCACGAUGAGAUGGUUGCUUCCAGUGAUGAUGAAGACAACCAUAUAGCUAACAGUGACAGUGGAAGUGAAGAGGAUUCCGUAGUAGCUGAAGAUGUAGAUAGUGAUGGUAGUAUAGAUGACAACGACAGUGAUGUCAGUGGUGAUGAGGAUGAUGAAGAGGAUGAGGAUGACGAAGACGAAGAGGAUGAGGAGAAUGAAUCCAACAACAAUGAUGCCAAAGAUAGUGGAACAGGAGUAAAAGAUAACAAAGCCAAAAAGAGGAAGGUUGCAGAUUUUGAUAAACAACUUACUGAUGCUGAUGCAAGUCUUCGUGCUUUAAAAAGAUUGGCCAAAGAGAACAUGGAGCACACUUCUUUGGACUCAACAGAUUGUUUUCUUUCUAAUGAGGACUUCCAGAGGAUUAAGGAAUUAAAGGCAAAGAAGGAUGCCAGAUUUGCUUUGACUCAGCAUGGAUUGUUGAAAAAGGGUGCAGAUUCCAAAUCGCCAGCAUUCAAGAUUCCCAAUUCGGAUGAACUGAGCAUUAAGCGAGUAGAUCCUGCAAAGCUUGAAGUCCACGUGAAGAAAAGGAUGAGCAAGGAGGAGAGAUUGGCAUUGGUGAGAGCAGGGAGGGAGGACAGAGGGAAGUACCAGGCUCGAGCUGCUAUAAAGCAGAAGAAGACGGGUGGUAUGAGCAAUCGGCAGAAGGAACACAAGAAAGCCAUGCCUCUUGCUGCAAAGAGGGCAAAGGUAGCUAAAUCUCGUAUAGAUAAAAAGAAAAAGCAGCAGCGGGCUGGCAAACAAUUCCGAGGGAAGAAAGCAUGGAAAUGA